AAGAACUGGAAAGCUUUAAGAGAAACAAUGAGGUUGUAGAAGAAGGAUGUGAAUCAAAAAAAGGAAAAACAUCGGAUGAUAUUGUAAAGAGUUGUAAAAAAGCUGAAAGCAAAUUUAAAACCGAGAUGAAAAAACUGUCGGGUGCUUUGCAAGAUGCGUUUGAGAAGAAGAUAGAAGAAUCCCUGGAGGAACACAAACAAGACUUACUGUUAAGUGCUAGCAAAGAUUUACAGGAAAGGAUUGAGAAUGACAUUAUAAGAAUCAAAGAGGAGCUUGGUGCACAUGUCACAGAGAUACAAGGUUGUAGAAAUGACAUCAGUAAAAUUGAAGAUUAUUUCCUUGAGGUAAAACCACAGAGUAAGCAGGCCUACAGACCUGUUUACCUCAAACUCUUAAAAUCGUACAAUAUCAUCACAAAAUUGUUCAAUACAUUAUCUUAAUUAUAAAUAAUAAACAUGCAGUAUGUAUACAUCUCCAAAUCGUAAAUUCUACGCUAAAAUCAUAAGAGUAAACAGGUCUGGGUCUAUGUAUUUUUAUGUCUUCUAUGCUCUUCCCACUUUAUUUUAUUGAUGUCAUUGCUGGGCACUAGAAUAAGCAUAUUCAUUUUAUAUUCUCUUCUCUCAUUAUUUCUCUCUGACAUAAAAUAUACAAUGAGAACAAUUAAUAUUUACAAUCUUUACAUCCUAAUGUCCAGAUACAUAUACCGAAAAGCAAGGGACCAUGGGCAUCAAAUUAUCUUAGAUUUAAAUAGGUAUUAAAAAAACAAGAUUGUUCAGCUCUUGACAUUUUUUUUCAAUUUCUAUUAUUAGUUUCAUGAUUCAAGAACUUGAAUCUUCAUUACACAAGAUACAUUAAAUUUUCUUUUCUUGAAAGUCUCUACAGUUACACGAGCAACAAGC